AUGGCGACACAAACUCAGACAAUCUCGCUCACAGCCCGGCACGUCGGAUCCGAGUCCGGCACUCCUCCGGCACCGGCGCUCCCGCCCAUUCCCCGCAAGAAGCAAGUCGUGGUGCUCCUCUCCGCCUUCACCACCAUCGCUCUCACAAUAGGCUACAACCAAUGCUUCGGCGUAUUCCAAGAGUACUACCUCUCGCCCAGCCAAAACAUACUGGUUCCAUCUCCAGCCUCACAGGCCUCACCGCGAACAGCGCUGCUCAGUUUCGUAGGCACGCUAUGCUACGGCCUGACCUGGGCCGGCGGCAUUCUCGUCAACCCGGUCAUAUCGCGCAUCGAAGACGGAACAUGGGGUCCGACCGCCACGCCCUCGACUCGCCUGUGGCGCCGUAGGGCCCUGCGGCUGCUGACGCCGAGGACCAUCACCAUGCUGGGCGUGGUCAUGAUGGUGCUCGGAUUCGCGCUGGCCUCCAUGUGCACCUCUAUAUGGCAGCUCCUGCUCACCCAGGGCUUGCUGGUUGGGUUUGGGAUGUCGCUUCUUUACUUCCCGCUGCUGGCACCUGCGCCUGAGUAUUUCACUACUCACCGGGCUACUGCUAUGGGAUUUCUGGCGGCGGUGCCGGCGGCCUUAUAUUCUCACCAGUCAUCCGAGCUUCUCAGCUCUCUGGGCGGUCGUUGGACACUAAGGAUAUUUGCUGGAUUUUACGUGGUCGCUGGGUUGCCAAUCGCCUGGACGGUGCCACGCAGCCGAUUUGCAGGUGUUUCGACUGCAGAAGGACCUGAGAGGCGUAAAAUCCACGUCUCACGGGAUUUGGCCUCAAAACCGACCUUCAUCUUCUCUGCUGUAGCCGCUUUCCUCCAGGCCGCCGGCGCUCAACUUCCACUCGCCUUCAUCCCCUCCUACACCGUAAACCUGGGCCAAACCGCCUUCCAAGGCGCCACCCUCCUCGCCAUCAGCAACGCCAUCAACGCCGUCUCGCGCGUCCUAACCGGCUACGCCGGCGACCGCCUCGGCCGGCAGAACCUAGUCGUCGUGACGCUCUGCCUCUCGGCAGCCAGCGUCUUCGCCUUCUGGCUGACCAGCGUCCUGGCGACCACCACAUCCUCCCUGUCGCUCUGGCUGGCCUUUAUCGUGCUCUACAGCAUCGCCGCCGGCGGGUACUACGCCCUCUUUCCAGCGCUCAUCGCCGAGGUCUUCGGCAUCCGGCAGUAUGCGGCGGUCAAUGCGUCUAUCUUGGUCAUCAGGGGUCUGGGGACUAUGUUUGGGACGCCGGUUGGGGGACAGCUGCUCGGGAGGGGAGAUGGCACGAGGGCGUAUGCUAGUAUUGCGUACUGGGAUGGCGCGCUCUUGAUGGGCGCUAUGGCUUGUUGUGUUGGGGUGCGGUGGGCUGAUGGGAAGGGGAAGGGGUGGAGGUGGGUUGCUUGA